UGCUUUUAUUAACUCUAACGCGUUCGUUGAAGUGAGUAGAAGUUAUAACAGGAGCACAUUGGAACAUGUUGGAGUAUGCGACGCGAACAAACCUUGUGUUCAGACUUCUUUGCAUUCUUUGGGCUUCUCCCAUGAUGCAUCAUGGGCUUUUCUCUCUCUAUCCCGAUUAGAUUAGAAUGAAUUAGAUAUAAUUUGAUAAGGUUAAACAUUAAUAAGAAGAGGAAGAAAGAUGAAAAGUGCAAGAUAUUCAACUAUAAUUACUACAAGGAAUAAGUCACGGUCUUUCUUUAUAGAACUUAUAGUGGUGGAUCUGUAAUAUAAUCAGAGUGGAGUGAUUAUUGAAAAUAGAGAGAAAUCCGAAAUGAUCGAAUCUUGCACGAAGAAGCGAAUGUUGUUAGGUAUCACAUUUUUAGGAGGAUUAACAGUUUUAGCGCUAAUUAUCGAGAGCCAUUGGACAAAUAGCUCAAGUAAACUUUAUGUUGAUAAUUAUGAGAAUAAUUCCUCCUGUAUCUCUGGCGAGGAGUAUGAAGUGAUAUCCGAAUGUCAUCCAUGCACUGCCUUUGAAAUUGCUAGUGAAAGCAUUGACGUUUGUAUCCAUGCAAGAUAUAAAGAAGUGCUGAAAUGUAAGAGCGGUGAAACAAUAACAAGAAGUUGUGACAAAGUAGCUUGGCUAGAGGAAAAAACAUUCUGGAAGUUCGAGGGUUUCAUGUUUGCUACAGCAAUCUUCUCUUGCUUAGCUGUAUAUUGGAGAGAGAAUAUAUUAAGACAGAGAAUAAUCAGAAAAGUAGCGAGACAAUUACGAAUUAGCGCAUGAAUGCUAUAAGUUGAGAAAAA